GGGCAUAAGGCGAAAAAAAUAAAAAAAAAUAAGAGAGAGAAGGAUCAAGUCACCGUUCCAGUCUAGCCAGACGGCCAGUGAUCCUCCGAGUGGCAAGGGCGCAACAUCCCAGUUGAGAGACGCGCGCCCCCCUCGUCCUCUCAUUAGUCGUUUUAAUGUUUGUUAUUGUCGUUGGGCUUUGAUCGCAUUGUUGGUUGUUUUUUUUUUCUCUUCGCGUGCUAUUUCAAUUCGCAGUCAAAUUGGUUUUUAUUAUUGGGUGGGAAGAAUUCAAUUUUGUUUUUAAAGAAAAGACUUUGGUCGUUGAAAAACAACAAAAAAUAUUGUGCUGUCUGGAAUUUCACCGCGAUUCUCAAGCCGGUACCAAGCGAAAUGGCAAUACCCGGUCGGCAUCCAGGCCGGUUAUUAUUGUGGGUGCUGGUCACCGCCUUCAUCACUGCAACCGUUGAUAGUCAUUUGGAUGCAGACCAAGGGCAAUUGACACGACAUAAGAGGCAACAUCCAGACAGUCGAACGUCGUUCAUUUUGACAGAUUUCAUUGGCGUUCCGGAUCCAGAAGCGGAUGUCAUUAGCUUGCAAUCUACAAGGGAAACGGGAAAAUGGUCCGAUUGGUCCGAGCCUUCCGAAUGCUCGAGAACAUGUGGUGGUGGCGUAUCAAGCCAGAGCCGUGAAUGCCUUGGGCGAGGAGCUCAAGAUGCGGAUGAAAGAUCAGACUCAUCCGACACCCAGUGCGUCGGUGCAACGAAGCGGCAUCACUCGUGCAACAUUCAGGAGUGCCCAGCCGACACACAAGACUUCCGGUCGGAACAGUGUUCACGAUUCAACGGAGUUCCAUUUGAAAAUCGCUAUUACGAAUGGGUCCCGUACACGAGGGCACCCAACAAGUGUGAGCUGAAUUGUAUGCCGAAAGGCGAAAGGUUUUAUUACCGACACAGGCGCAAAGUCAUUGACGGAACUCGAUGUGACGAACAAGAAGGCACCGACGUUUGCGUUGCUGGCCAAUGUUUGCCUGUCGGCUGCGAUUCGAUGUUGGGCUCAACGGCUAAAGAAGACCAAUGCCGAGUGUGCGGUGGUGACGGAACAACUUGCACAUCUGUUCAAGGAAUAGCUCAGCAAAACGACUUUCAAACAGGUUACAAUGACGUUUUGCUCAUUCCGGUUGGCGCCACAAACAUAAAGAUUCGCGAAGUCAAGUCGUCAAACAAUUAUCUUGCUAUCCGGAACACCACGGGGCAUUAUUAUCUCAACGGCAAUUGGCGCAUUGAUUUCCCUCGGGAAAUGAAAUUUGCCGGUUGCACCUUCCAUUAUGAACGCAAACCGCAUGCCUUCAUCGCUCCCGAAACUAUCACGGCCCUGGGUCCUACCACCGAAGCCCUUUACGUCGUUUUGCUUUACCAAGAGCCUAAUCCGGGCAUAGAAUACGAGUACAGUUUCCCCAAAGACGUCUCAUUACCAACCGGAGGUGACAGUUACAGCUGGAUCUACGGGGCGUGGAGCGAUUGUAACGCUGAUUGCGGCGGAGGCAUUCAAACUAGGAAUGUUAGUUGCGCCAAGACGAGUGAUUUUGAAAUGGUUUCGGACGACUUAUGUGAUCCUCAAUUACAGCCGUCAGUGAACAGAACUUGCGCUACAGACGCAUGUGAUCCUAGUUGGUUCAUCGGCAAUUGGACGAAAUGUUCCAGCAAUUGCCAAGCAGGAAUCCAAUUUCGCACAGUUUAUUGCCAGCAAGUUAUUGCUGGUUCCAUGCAGUCUGUCAUCAACGACAGCGUCUGCGUUAACGCCAUCGGACCAACACCGUCAUCAAUUCAGGAAUGCAAUAAGGAAGCCGUCUGCCCUCAAUUUCACAUUGGCGAAUGGGGACCGUGUGAUAAACUGUGUGGAGAUGGAACACGUCAGCGCAAAGUCACUUGCUUCCGCAAAACAGACGAUCGCAUUGAACAGCUUGCCGAUUCCGAUUGUGAAGGCGAUGUUCCGGCUCGGACUGAAUCCUGUUUUAAACGGCCUUGCGAAGGUGUAGACUGGAUAACAUCCCCGUGGUCAGGCUGCAAGGAUAAGUGUGGGCUAGAAUAUGAGACACGAAGAGCACAAUGCGUUUCGCCUAAAGGAAAAAUUUAUCCCGACGAGUUUUGUCACGCAUACCGUCGACCGGCAUUGAACCGUACGUGUGCCGACGCCACCCCAUGCAAAUACGUUUGGUUUGCUUCCCAAUGGAGCGCGUGCUCGUCAGACUGUGGUGCUGGAAUUCAGUCCCGGUGGGUGUUUUGCGGCACAAUGGAUGGUGGAGUGCCUGCUAAAGUCGAUGACGAGAACUGCGAUCCAGCGCAAAGAUACGACAACACAACUGAAUGCCACGUGCCGCCUGAUCAGUGCAAGGGUGUCUGGUUCUCUGGACCUUGGAGCGAGUGUUCGAAGACGUGUGGAUCUGGAAGCCGGACGAGACCAAUUUUAUGUCUCGCUAACAACGAGACAGCUGAUAUUAAGCAGUGCGGAGUGGAUACUAUUCCGUCUGCCGAGGAGAAAUGCAAUACACAGGCGUGUAGCGAAGAAGCUGCUCCUGAAGGGACAACCGAGACACCUUUAGUUGAAGUCUGUGAAGAAGUUGAUGAAGAAGGGGAAGACGUUGAAGAAGAAGAAGAAGGAGAGGAGGUGGUUGAAGAAUUGAUUGAAGAAUCAAGCGGUUCAAAUCUCGGAAUGGAACCGUCGUCUGGUUCUGGAAGCAUGGACAAUCUUGCCGUAGAUAUGUCUGCUGAAGGAUCUGGGGACAUGGAAUCUGAAUCGUCGGGACUUGGAUUGAUUCUUGGCGGAAUGACUGCCCCUCCAACGGUGAUGGAAGGAUCUAGCGAGCCGGAUGGUUUAAUAAGAAGACGAAGACAGGCGCCUGCUGAGGAACUGCUCCUUUCAGGUGAAGGAUCUGGAUCCGGAAUGAUGUCGGGUCUUGGCUCUGGAUUAGGUUCCGGCAUCAUUCUAGGUGAAUCAGGAUCCGGUAUCGACGGUAUGGAUCCUGAACUUGAGGUCGAAGAGGAAAUGAACGUAAUCGAAACCAAGAACGGACUUCUCCAAGCAGAAAACGUACUGCUCGUCACCUCCAAACCGACGACCGCUAAGCCUUCGGAUACCGAAUCUACCACCCAAAAGACAAGCACAGAUGCUACAGAGGAGUCCUCUACUGUGAAGUCAGACAAAGAUGUUACAGAGGAGUCCUCUACUGUGAAGCCAGACAAAGAUGUUACAGAUGAGUCCUCUACUGUGAAGCCAGACAAAGAUGUUACAGAUGAGUCCUCUACUGUGAUGCCAGACAAAGAUGUUACAGAGGAGUCCUCUACUGAGAAGCCAGACAAAGAUGUUACGGAGACAUCCACUGAGAAAUCAAGCAAAGAUGCUGCAGAGGAGUCCUCUACUGAGAAGCCAGACAAAGAUGUUACGGAGACAUCCACUGAGAAAUCAAGCAAAGAUGCUGCAGAGGAGUCAUCUACUGUGAAGCCAGACAAAGAUGUUACGGAGACAUCCACUGAUGAAACAAGCAAAGAUGCUAAGGAGGCCACUACCGUGAAGCCAGGCAAAGAUGCUAAGGAGGCCACUACCGUGAAGCCAGGCAAAGAUGCUAAGGAGACAUCUACGGUGAAGCCAAGCAAAGAUGCUAAGAAGGAGACAACGACUAAGAAACCUGCUAAAGUCACAGUAAAGAAACCGGAUGUUGAAAUCAUUGAAAGCGAUAAAAUGAAAACUGGAACGAAACCACCUGGUCGAUCCAAGGCGAAGAGCUUCCCAGGAAAGAAGAAGAAGGUGAAGGUCUGUCGUGUGGUUACACCAGAGAAACAAACAUGCGACAAGACCGAAUACGGAUGCUGUCCCGAUGGAACAUCCACAGCUAAAGGACCCUUCGAAGCUGGCUGUCCCAAAUUCGAAACUUGCGAGGAUGCGGAAUUCAAGUGCUGUCCUGAUGGCGUUACCCCAGCCAAAGGAGCUGACAACGAAGGCUGCUUCACAGAUGCCUGCAAAACAUCCUUAUUUGGCUGUUGCCCAGAUGGAUUUACUCCGUCAGAAGGCAAUGACAACGAAGGUUGCCCUGCGCCAACUACACUUCCGCCGCCAACAACUGCCAUGGGCGAAGAGUUCAUGAUGGUCGCCUGCAAAGACUCGAUGUUCGGUUGUUGUCCGGAUCAGAUGACAGCAGCUACCGGCCCAGACAACCAGGGCUGCUUCCAAUGCGAGUCUAGUGGCGAUAUGGAAGAAUCCGGUAGCGGCAGCGGAGCAGGUCCCGAAUGCAAUUCCUGUGAUGAUACCAAACACGGCUGUUGCCCAGACAACUUGCGAGCAGCCAAGGGACCUAAUGGCGAAGGCUGUGAGCCUAUUGAAAGCGGUUCUGGAGAUAUUGGUUCAGGAGAUGUUGUACCAACAACAGAGUCAGGCAUCAAUUGCGCAACGACUGAAUUUGGUUGCUGCCCUGAUGAGAUGACAGCUGCUACGGGACCGGACUCUGCUGGAUGCGACACACCUUGUGCUGAGACCAAGUUUGGUUGUUGUGAUGACAACGUCACAUCGGCUCAUGGUCCCGAAAAGAAAGGCUGUUGCCUCAAUACAGAAUUUGGCUGUUGCCCGGACAAUAUCGGUGCCGCAACAGGGCCCAAACUCGAAGGCUGCAACUGCGAGUACACACAGUUUGGCUGCUGUCCAGAUAAUAUCACUCCGGCUCGAGGUGAAAAACUUGAAGGCUGCGGUUGUUUGUAUACCGAACAUACCUGCUGUCCUGACAGUUACACUCCAGCUGCUGGACCCAAUUACCAAGGAUGUGGAUGCAACACUUUCGAAUUCGGAUGUUGCCCUGACCUCGUCACAGUUGCCAAAGGACCUAAUCUGGAAGGCUGCGGAUGUGAGAACACUGCCCACGGAUGCUGUCAAGAUGAACGAACGCCCGCUCAUGGGCCGCAAUUCGAAGGCUGUACUUGUGAAUCUUCCAAGUAUGGUUGCUGUCUUGAUGGCGUUACACCAUCUCAGGGUCCAAAUUUCGAAGGAUGUCCAUCAAAGCCGGCACUUUCUGGCGAAAUUUGCGCAUUGGACAAGGAUCGUGGCUCUUGCCGCAAUUUCACUGUCAAUUGGUUCUUCGACAUGGAAUACGGUGGUUGCUCUCGUUUCUGGUACGGUGGAUGCGAUGGCAACGACAAUCGCUUUCCGUCACAAGACGAUUGCAAGGCUCACUGUGUGGAACCGACCGGCAUUCAGGCCUGCUCAUUGCCCCGAGUGGCUGGACCUUGUGAAGGUAAUUACCCAUCUUGGUACCACGACACAGCUACCGGCUCGUGCCGCCAAUUCCGCUACGGAGGCUGUUUGGGUAACACCAACCGUUUUGCCACUCGCGAAGAAUGUCACCAGCAAUGUAUUGCACCAAAGUUACUCGAUAAAUGCGAGAAGCCUCAAGAUGCUGGUGGUUGUCAAGGUACCUUCCGGCGUUGGAGUUACGAUAAGGAGAGCAUGACCUGUCAAGAAUUCAACUGGGGUGGUUGCCAGGGUAACGAGAACAAUUUCUUGAGCGAACGCGAAUGCCACCUCCGUUGUAAAGACACUAGCCGAUCCAGAGUGUCUGCUGAAGAGCGGUGCAACAUGACAGCCGACUAUGGCAUGUGCCACGGCAAUCAACUUCAAUGGCAUUUCGAUAGCAAAUCUCAGCAUUGCCACAGUUUCCUUUAUUCCGGUUGCGGAGGCAAUGCCAACCGCUUCGAGAGUCACCAGGCCUGUGCAUCGGUAUGCAAAGAGGCUCCCAGGUUUCUUACAACAACAACUCCAGAACCAUAUCAGCUCACUACACAGAGGACAAAUGUUGCAGAGGAAGACACCUGCCGUAUGCCACGCGUUAUUGGCGAUUGCAAAGAGUUUACCGAACGAUGGUACUAUGAUGAAUCGGACGAAGAAUGCCGUGCCUUCUUGUUCGGAGGUUGUAACGGUAACGCAAACAACUUUGAAACAUUGGAUGCCUGUCGACAACGAUGCCAGACGGCGGUGUCACCUGUUAUUCCCGAAACUGCCAAGCCUAUCGACGAAGACUUCAGAACUGAAUUUUGUUUCUUACCGAAACAAGAAGGUUCAUGUGAUGAAUCGAUUUUGCAAUGGUUCUAUGACCGCCCGGAGGGUGUCUGUAAACAGUUUAUUUACAAGGGAUGCGAUGGCAAUCAAAACAGAUUCGCCGACCGCCAGGAAUGCGAAAGUCGAUGUAGUCAGUCGCAAGAUGUCUGUAUCUUGCCCCGCAUUGUCGGUCCGUGCAGUGGCUCCUUCCGCCAAUGGUAUUAUGAUGCCGGAUCCGACAAUUGCUACGAAUUUGACUACGGUGGUUGUCAAGGAAAUCCUAAUCGCUUUAAUAACGCGCAAGAAUGUCAAAACCGUUGCCAGAGGGUUCGACCUAUUACAACUACUUCAACUGAAGCUCCGUACGUGCCUUAUCCUCGCGAACCGGAACGUGAACUCGAACGAGAAAGGGAACGUGAACCUGAGCGCGAACCAGAACGAGAACGCGAACGCGAACCAGAACGAGAACGUGAACCGGAACGAGAACCUGAACGAGAACGCGAUCGAGAACGUGAACAGGAAAGUGAUCGCUACCCUACCGGAGGAGAUAUCUGUAGCUUGGAAGUUGAACCUGGACCUUGUAGAGCCAGCGUUCCAGCUUGGUAUUUCAAUCGACAGACCGCUCGCUGUGAAGCGUUUAGCUAUGGAGGAUGUGACGGCAAUGCCAAUCGUUUCCAUUCAGAGGAGCAAUGCGAACGCCAGUGUGGAACCUUCCGUGGCCAAGAUGUUUGCCGACUUCCACCUGACCGAGGUCCUUGCCGUGGAUCUUUCCGCAAAUAUUAUUUCGAUCGCAACACGUUGCAGUGUCUUGAACUGGUGUAUGGCGGCUGCCGCGGUAAUGGCAAUAGAUUCAGCUCAUUGGAAGAGUGUCAGUCUCUCUGUCUUCAACGUGCCGAAGUCGCUCCACCUGGCAAUGUGACAUCCGACGCCAAUUCAGUGGUUUGCCGUCUACCAAUGGACGUCGGUCCGUGUCGCGAACGAUAUGAUCGCUGGUACUAUGACGCCGAACGAAGCAGCUGCCAGCCGUUCGUCUAUGGCGGCUGUGCUGGCAACAUGAACCGUUUCAAAAGCUUUGAAAGUUGUACGACCUUCUGUUCGCCAUCUUCGGCCGAUCAAGCUAGACCAGCAGCGCCGGCCCCAAGCUAUCCUUCUCCUUCAACCACUAAUGAAAACGAAAUCGAUGUCGGUCCUACUGCCACGCCCUACAAACCCAGCCCUUACGAUGUUGAUCAAUGCGCCGAGGCCAAUGCUAAUUGCCGUGCAAUUAGUUGCCCAUACGGCAUUGAACGAUCUACAUCGAACAACGGCUGUGACGAAUGCCGAUGCUACGAGCCAUGCCGCGGCUAUUCAUGUCCGGAAGGAACGGAAUGUCAAGCAGAAUUGGUUCGCGAUGAGUCUGAUCCUAAUCAGUCUGCCACUCGUAUCCAACCCGCGUGCAGACAAAUUAAUAAAGAAGGCCGAUGCCCUACGGUUCAGCGUGGAAGUUCGAGUUGCGAAGAAGAAUGCCGUUCUGACGCGAAUUGCCAGGGAGAUCACAAAUGUUGCUUCAACGGUUGCGGUCGCUCUUGUCUCCCGCCUGCUCCAUUGUAUGAAGAGCCAACAACGACUACCCCCUCCCCUGUUAGAGGCACUCCACCUCGAAUCAUCGACGGGGAGUCCCGCGUCGCGGCUGAAGAGGGCAGCGUAGGUGAAAUGCAAUGCGAAGCAGUCGGGUCGCCCAAACCAACAAUUUAUUGGCGUCGAGCAAAUGGAGAGGCUGUUAACGAUGAAGGCAAAUUCAAAAUCCAAUCAAAUGGCUCGCUUCUGAUCAUUGGUGUCCACAGAUCCGAUGCUGGCAUGUACACUUGCAUCGCCGAUAACGGAGUUGGUUCUUCCGCACUCAAACAAGUUCAGUUUGAAGUCAAAGACCCGACUGUUCGCGCUGCGGAUAUUGUGACCUUUCAGAGUGUGACAGUCGUGACGUUGGGCUCUCCGAUCAUUAUCCACUGUCACGCUUACGGCUGGCCUAGGCCAUCUGUGACAUGGUGGCGCGGUGAGCGCAUGCUUCCGCUCUCAUCGGAACGCUACGAACAGUUCCGCGAUUAUUCGCUGUUGGUCCGACGUGUCUCCUUCCGCGAUUUGGGUCCUUAUACCUGUCAGGCGUACAACGGCUAUGGCCGUCCCGCUUCCCAUACUCUGAUUCUUCAGGCUAUUGGUCCAGUUUAUUCUAUUGAUGCCGAUGACGUCGAAUUCCGUCGCUAUCUAAUUCCUCCGCCACAACCCGAUCCCCGUUUGUUACUAACUACUACCACUACUACUCCUGCCCCCUUCCGGCCUCGGCCCACUCCACCGACUUCACAGACUUAUAACACGCUGCCUCCUCAGCGACCUAAUUUGGUUGCACCAAGUGCAAGAGCCUGGUCAGAACGAUCAAAUUACCCCGUGGAUAGUGAUAUCCAAAUCCACUGUGAAGUCCAGGGUCAACCGCUACCACAAGUGACGUGGUACAAGGACAACAAUCAAGUCGUUUCGACGGAUCGUAUAACUAUCACUGGUAAUAACACUUUGAUGAUCACUGGAGCAGAGGGCGCUGAUUCUGGAAACUAUCGCUGCGAAGCUGUCAAUUUACUUGGAGAUUCAAGCGGUCUCUUAAGCAUUGUUGUCGAAGGCGUUUACUUACACCCGAAUUGUACGGACAACCCGUUCUUUGCCAACUGCAAGUUGAUCGUCAAGGCGCGUUUCUGUACGAACAAGUACUAUGCUCGUUUCUGCUGCAAAUCUUGCACACUGGCUGGUCAAUUGCCGGCCACGGGGCCACAUCUGCUCGAUUACAAGACAGGUACUAGCAGCGCCUCCGCCAGGCGUAGGAAGUAGAUCAGAUGUGCGUCGAUAUGUGCCAACGACACCUCUUUUCUCUCCGUCUUUUCUCCACCUGUUGUUGUCUUUCGUUUCCCGCCGCCUUGUUCUUGUCCUCUUUUUGCAGUACGUUAUUUGACCAGACAUUAUUCUAGCAUGUUUUCCUUGCAGCCCUUUCGUUCUUUUAUUUUCUACCUUUCUCUUGCUCACCUAAGCAAUGUCGUUUAAAACAGCAAAAAAAUUCAAGAGGGGUAGGGUUCCGAAUUCUCUAGGAAAUAACACAUUUUAUGUUUUUACUUUUCGACGAUUGGCUUAGCAAGCUGUUGGCUAGUCCUGAUGAAAUUUUCAAUUAUUAUUUAAUUUUUUUUUUCGUACGGACGACCAGUUGGGGAGGAGUUGAGAGGAGGUGUUGACAGACUAACAUAAGAAUUUUCCAGAAAAAUGUCUUCACAAUAUAUUGGCUUUUUUUUUUCUUUCUUUUUCUUUAUCUAUUCCAGCUUACUUUGACAAAAGAGUGUGAACAUAAAAGACUUCGACUCGCCUUGUCAACUAACUCCUCAUCUGGGCUCCUCCCCCACAAUGAUAUUUACCCCAUAAUAUUUAGACCAUUAACAACAGCCUUUUUGGCUCGUGACGGAAAGCUUUCAUUCUUCUUUUCCAACUAAAUAACAUAUGAUUGCCCGAUUUUCCGUUUCAUUACUAUUCACUGCCACUUUAUGCUGUUACGACUGUGUUGAACAGAGGUUUACGAGGAUCCGUUCACAACGCUUAUGCCUCCCUCUCCCAGUCUCUACUCACGUGCCUUCUAAUCAGCCUUUGCAAUGUGUUUCAAUUCUUUUCUCUUUUAAUUUUGGCAUUUAGAGAAUAUUCUGCAUGUUGACAAUGGUUAUUGUUUUCCAUGGGUUUACGAUGUUAUGGCAACAAUUACCCUCGGUACCAGAGAUAUGUAUUCCCAACCGAUCGGUUUCUUUAAAAUUUUUUUUACUUAUGUCAAGCUUUUCUACGAUUCAAGAAACAUUUACCACGUCACUGCUGCAUUGCCUUCCUCUCUUUCGCACUUAUUUUAUCACAAAAAAACUUUUGAAUACUUCAAAGUAGAUGCCCUUUAAACGAUGAAAACGUGCCUUUUGUAUAUAUUGCUGAAUACAACAUUUUUGUCCUCAGAAA